AUGCCCCAGGUUUUCCGGGUCCGAACGUUCAGGUCAUUGGCUACCUCUGGCCCUAGUUCAGGUGAUGAUCAGGUCUCAAGACCUCUCUGGCCACGGGCAAUCGGAGCCCUCAGUGGUCGGUCGCGGUCUCUGUCCGCGCCUUCGCAGGUGCCGAGGAGCGGCCAGAAGCCCACGACGUUGGAGUUCCUGGGCCUGGCAGGGAACUUUGGACAUCUGAACUUGAAGGAUCCCUUCGAUGUGAAGAAGAGGGGCUCCAGCUAUGCGACGGAGGUACGGGCUGGCAUCACCACGUUCCUAGCCAUGGCCUACAUUCUUCCAGUGAACAGUGGGAUGUUGAGCCUAGUGAUUCCAGACAAGAGGGAGCAGCUAGUGUGCGCCACAGCCAUUGCGGCCUUCUGCGGCUGCUGGCUCAUGGGGAUCUUGUCCAACUACCCCUUCAUGCUGGCGCCUGGCAUGGGGACGAACGCCUUCUUCACCUUCACCAUCUGCCUCGGCCGAGGUUUGCCGUACCAGGCGGCUUUUGCAGCGGUCUUCAUGGCCGGAUGCAUCUUCAUCCUGCUGAGCAUCACUGGUUUGCGCACGCUUAUGAUCCGGCUCUUCCCAGAAGGUAUCAAGGACCCUGUGGUUGCGGGAGAGAGUAUCGGUGCCGGCGUCGGGCUGUUCCUGUGCUUCAUUGCCUUCCAGAGCUCUGAAGGGAUGGGACUCUCUGUAGCAGACCCCGCCACGCUGGUGACCUUGAACUCCUUGUCGUUGAACAACUACGACGCUUACAAGCUUUGGCUGAGCCUGGCGGUGCUGGGUCUCACCGCCACGCUCUUUGCCGCCAAGGUGCCCGGAGCGCCCUUGAUUGGCAUCAUCUUCGGCACCGCCGUCUGUUGGAUCGAGGGCUUCGCGCGUGGACGCGAGCACUCGGUCUUCGGCUACCCCUUUGGCAUCAAGGGCAACCACACAGACAAGGACUUCCACAUCUACGUGCCCAGUAGCCUGGUGGCGCAGCCGUCGCUGGAGGGGCUCAGCGGCGCCCUCUGGGACGGCUUCGGCGCGGCGGUGCACGCCGACACGGCGGCCACCUUUUGGACGGCCGUGGGCACGUUUUGCUACACCGACCUCUUGGAUUCGUCCGGCACCUUCUUUGCCGUCGCCAAGGUCGCGGGGCUGACGGAUCGGCGUGGCAACCUGCCGCUGGCGCGGCAGAACAUGGCGUACCUCGCGGACGCCCUCGCCGCGCUGCUGGGCUCGAUGCUGGGCGUCUCCACGGUGGCCACCUUCGCGGAGUCCACGGCAGGCGUUGCGGACGGAGCAAAGACAGGGCUGGCAUCCUUGGUCACCGGGCUGUGCUUCCUGCUGGCCAUCCCCAUCGCCCCGGUCGUGUCAGCAGUGCCCCCCCCUGGCGUCUGGGCCCAUCUUGUGCCUGCUGGGCGCACUGAUGUGCAGCUCUGUGCGAGGGAUUGA